UUUUUUGUAGCUGAGAGGUCAGAUCAGGAAAGAAGCAAGCAUGCAGACUUAGAACCAACUACAAAUGCAAAGCUGAAGCCAAUGAAGACACAUCACAGAAACAGCAGUCACAGUAACAGUGUAGACAACACUCCCAUGGCUGAGAGUCACUGUACAGGGAAAAACACAGGAAAAAAGACUUCAACAUGUGAGUUCUGUGGAAAAGCCUUUAAAAAUAGGUACAGCUUGAAGAAACAUUACAGCAGUCAUACAGAUGUGAAGCUGUUUGCUUGUAAGGCGUGUGAGAAACGUUUCAGCGAAAGAGCUCAGCUAAAAGUCCACAUGAGAACUCACACAGGUGAGAAGCCGUACAUUUGUAAAACCUGCGGAAAAAGAUUUUCUGACAUAUCAACACAUAACAGGCACACAGCAAUCCACAAAGAGGAAAAGCCAUAUUCUUGUACAACAUGUGGCAAAAAUUUCUGUCGUCAUGAUAGCUUGGUGCUUCACAUGAGAACUCACACAGGUGAGAAGCCGUUCUCUUGUAAAACCUGUGGAAAGAGAUUUUCCGACACAUCAGCACAUAAAAGGCACACAGUAAUCCACAAAGAGGAAAAGCCAUAUUCUUGUGGAAUAUGUGGGAAAAGAUUCUGUCGUCAGGAUAACUUGGCGCUUCACAUGAGAACUCACACAGGUGAGAAGCCGUACGUUUGUAACACAUGUGGAAAAAGAUUUUCUGACAAAUCAGCACAUAACAAACACACAGCAAUCCACAAAGAGGAAAAUCUGUAUUCUUGUCAAACCUGCGGAGAAAAUUUCAGUGGAGGAAGUAGUCUGAAAGUCCACAUGAGAACUCACACAGGUGAGAAGCCGUCAUCCUGAAGCAUCUGUGGAAAAAAUAUUUAAACAGGUUAAAACUUUUAAAGCACCUUCAGACUGUGCUUCAACAAUUAUUAAAUCCGCCAUUUAAUGGGGAAUUUGGAUAUUUGCCAUUAAAUGGACACAAAUAUCUGAAUAUCGGAAAUCACAAUUCGGUCCAGCCCUACUAAUUUCUCCAUAAGCAAAAUGUCACAUACAUAGCAGCAAAUUCCCCAAGCAGAAACCACCUUUGCUGAUUUAAAUCUCCCCAGGCUGUGAUGCCUCUCCCCUUUUCCCCGUUUGUUCAUAUGUUCUGUGGGAGGGGUAAGCAAGACUGCUGCUGUUUUUGUGUUUUCUAACGUAGCAUAAUUCCACCUCUAAGUUUUACUUUCCCAUGUUAAUAUGUUUGUGUGUUUUAUUUCUGAAGGGCUAUGAGUGUUUUUUUGUCAUCUGGUAAGAAAUAAACAGAGAUCGCCUCUCAUAGAUCCAUGUUUUGGCUGGUGUAACACAACGCAGUAGGUAUAGCUACCAGUUACAUAUAUAUUAUUCACUAUUUUCCAGAAAUACUUAGAAUGAAAUUUUUCACAUACGCAGCAUUGUGACAAAGUUUAGCCAGUGAUGUCAAACUUAAAAUUGAAAAUGCACAUCAUCAAUCAGAUUUCUUUAUUAACAAAAUACCACAUACACACCAGCAAAAGAUCAAAACAGAAACCAUGGCAGUUUCUGCUGUUUUGACAAAGACUUUGAUUCCUAAUUGAUCGCCGCAUACGUCAUCUGUGGGAUUUGUUGAUCAGAUCUCAGCGUCUGGUCAAGUCACAGUUAUCUAUACAGCUCAUUUAAAACCACAGCUGCUCAGUCAAAGUGCUUUCUAGUAGAAAAAUGACUCACCCAAGUUUAAAUAUUACAGUUAGAGGUCUACAAUAAUAAUAACAUACAUUUCCCUGAAUAUUUGCAGUAUUUAAACUUUGAACCACAGAAACCAAGUCAGUUCAAAGACUAAAUGAGCAGCAUAUUGUUGAAGUGAUUUAUGAUGCAAUGGAAAUGUUUAGUUGAUUAAAAUCUAAAUGAAACUCAACACACUGAAAACUAAGAAGUAAAGUGUGGAAUAUGUAUUUGAGUGGGUGUAGCUUGUUGGGCAAGAAAAGCUUAGGAGAGUGCUACUGGUUGAGGAGGAGGAAAGCGUGGACUUAAAGGGUUUAAUGGUGGUGGUGGUGGUGGCAGGAAGGAGACUUGGACCUUUGGUUGAAAGGAAUAAACGUCUUUGCCUUGCUGACUCUCUAUGGAAAGAUAUCUCUUGUUAACUCACUGGUAGUAUCACACUUUACAUAUCUCUUUAUGUCGUUUCCGACUCAGUCCUUUUACAAGUCAUUUGAACAAAAGAUUUUUGGCUUCCUUUGGAGUAACAAACCUGAAAAACAUUAAAAGAAGUGUCAUAUCUCAUAGCGAUUAUGACAAGGGUGAGUUAAAGCUAUUACAUCUGUCAGCAUUGUGUCUUACAUUAAAAGCUGUUAUUGUUCAAAAGCUGUACUUGAACACUGACUGGUUCUCCGCUAGGUUACUGGAAUGUAGCCAUCUUGUGUUUGAAAAAAGGUUUUCUCCUCAUUUGCUAUUUGAACCACAGCACUUUGGCUUAAUAGAUAAUAUACUUGGAAACUCAUCUGUUUUUAAAAGAGGGAAUUUGGAGUUGGUUAUGUUUCCAGUUCUACCCUCCAGAAACCAGAGAGAAAAUUUUACAACAGUCUUUAUUCUAAUAUAAGUGAAGGAAAACCUUUUUUUUUUUUUUUUUGGAAGAACCUGUUUGAUCACGGGGUCUGGUUUAUAAAUAAUGUUAAUGAAGAAGGGAAAUUAAUGAGGUAUAAUCAGUUUACUGAAAGAUAUGGAUUAAUUUGCUGUCUCCAAUUAUUUAACCAACUGACCUCCGCCAUAAAAAAGCAAUGGAAAUGAAAAAUAAACAGUGGAACUAUAACCUGCUCGUAUGUCAGCCAUCUAUUAAAAAUCUUGGAUAACUUCAAAACAGCAAGAUAAAGCAAAGUAUUUCCAACUUUUACUUAAGACAUCAAUCCCUGAUUGCCAUUCCUAACAGUACAUACAAUAAAUGGGAGGACAUUUUUGACUACCCUAUACCAUGGAAUCAGUUUUUUGGUUUGAUAUAUAAAACAAAAAUUGAUGCUUUUACCAGAUAUUUCCAACUAAAAGUCAUAUACAAUUUUCUAGCUACAAAGAAAAUGAUUAAGAUCUGGGAUAUUAGUGAGACAGACGAAUGCAGAUUUUGUGGAGUGGAGGCUGAAUCAACCGUUCACUUGUUUUGGUAUUGUCAUGUUGUGUCUGCUUUUUGGUGGGAAGUUCAAGAGUGGUGCUCUGUCAUCAGUCUACACUUCGAGCUAGAUUUCUUUGCUAUCAUGUUAGGGGAUGUCACAGAGAAUAAGAAUUAUACAAUCAAUGUAAUAAUUGUAUAAAGUAAAUAAAUAUAUAAUUCUGCCUUCAGA